AUGGGGCACUCAGCAAAAUAUGGUGCUUACACAAUUUUCUGCACGAAUUUGAAAAAGAUUGUUGACUUUGAACUUGUUCAGAAAUGCAUUGAUUCUGAGGUUCUUGUGUCGCAGUUUGUGUCAGAUAGACACAGAGGUGUUGCUAAAUGGUUAAGAGAGGAACAUCCGGCUAUUAAGCAUUAUUUUGAUAUCUGGCAUAUUGCCAGGACUCUAACAAAAAAGUUAAUAAAGGCUGGGAAUGAAAAUAACUGCCAAAUUAUUAACAAAUGGACUGCAACCAUUCGUAACCAUUUAUACUGGUGUGCAACAUCAUCAAAACAAGGUUUUGGCCAAUUGAUCAUUGCAAAGUGGAAAUCGAUAAUUAACCACAUACAAGACAUAUACACUCACGAGGAUCCAUUAUUCAAUACUUGCAUCCACCAAACAUUCGAUCGAAAAAGGAAAUGGAUUAAAAAUGGAACUACUGCAUUUGACAAAUUGAAACCUAUACUGCUUGACACUAGACUUCUAAAUGAUAUAAAAAGUAUUUCAAGUGAUGCUCAAACAAGUUGUUUGGAAGCCUUUCAUGCCACACUCAAUCAUUGGCACCCUAAAAUGAUUAAUUACCAUUGGCUUGGAACCAAAUGCAGACACAUACUCGCAAUUUGUCAUUUUAAUGAGAAUCUGUCAAGAGAGACCAUGAAAACUGAUGAUGGGCAGGACAUACUGGGUGUUUCGUUUCCCAAAUACAAGCUUGGAGAAGAAGUUGUUAAACCAGUCCCUGUUGCACCUAUAUAUGCUCAACAGCAAAAGACCAUGAUGGAGCAGGAGGCAAAAAAGGCCAGAGGAACAGAGAAGAAGAAAACCAGCAAAACUGGUCACUGUAGAACAUGUGGAGAAACUAUGCUUGGGCACUCUAAGCAAAAGUGUGUCAGCAAAUAAUUCAGUCUAAAUAUAUAUAUAUACAAACAAUUAUUAUGUUAAUUUUUGAAAUAAAGUACUAAUUCAUAUUAAUCCAUGUUCAGAUUACAUAUUUAAAUUUUGAAAAUGAACAUGCUAAGAGUAACAUAUUAUAUAAGCACUGAUUACAAACUAUUACAUAUAGGCAUAAUGUUACAUCAAUUUUCAAUACAUAAACAUAUAUAUUUUAUUCAGAACAUUAACAGAAUUUUAAAAGAAACCAGGCAAUAACCUCCUUUGUUAAAAGGAUGUAAAGAGAUUCUAGAAUACAGCAAAAAAUAUAAAGAAUAUUUUUGUUUGUAACAAUUCAGUGGAAAUUACCUGUUAAUAAUCAUACAAAAAAUUUAUAUUUUCUACAAGUUUUCAAGCAAUUAUUUUGAAAAACAUCAAGCAAAGGUUUCUUUAAAAAUAGGUGUGACCAACCAUAAAAAGUGCUGGAUACAAAGGGAGUUAUUCUCUUUGGGCAGAAUCUUUGUAGCCAGUUUUUUUAUUGUUGGUGUUAUAUUUUUCCCUAAUAAAAUUGUAUAUACAUGCAGUUAUUGGUCUUGCUGUGUCCCAACCAAGGUAUCCAAAGAUCCACCUCACCAGAUUUCUGUAAGCAACUGCACGCAGAUAUCUGCAAAAAGUGCACUUUGUUACUAAGCAGACAGCAAAAUGUCUUUCAACUAGUUUUGAGUAGUUUUUUCUGGUAAUUUUUUAAAAUUUAAUUUUUUAAAAUUUGAUUAUAUAAUGUGAAAUAAUCAGUUGUCCUUUAAAAAUAAAAUGUGUAGGAUGAAAACAUUUUGAAUAGCUAAGUCUUGCUUCAACAAACUUUAACCCUAUAAAUUUAAAAAUACUUACUCAUUCUCAGAUACACCAGCAUGUUUUUUAUAUGGCUUUCCAUUUUUUUGCUUUAAAAGUGGACCAACAAUUUUUAACACUUCUUUUUUAAGUUCUUAGCUGCAUUACAGAAGUCUUCGUGUUCUGUAAUGCAGCUAAGACUGUCGGAAAGUCCAUCAAAAACCACUUUUCCAUAGGCUGCAUGGACCUUUCGGCAACAACGAUACUCCCUAGCACUAACUAGUCUUCCAACACUGCAUUUGUUGCAAGCACCUUAAUGAAAAUGCUAUGAUGAUUACUUAUCAAAAAUAGAAAGAGAAUAAUAAACAUUGCAUUUCCAAAUUCUGUUAUGUAGCUUGUAAAUAAUGCUAAAUUACAAUAAAAACCUGAAAAUAAGAAACACCAGGUAGAGUCCAAGUUGUUUCUUUUUUGGGCCCACACUCUUCUAGCCUACUUCGCCAGGGUGCAUUCUUAAGUGCAUUCCUAAGUGCCCAAAGAUUUUCGGCGUACAGUCAGGUUUUUAUUAGGCGUUCAGCGUGCAAACCAAUAAAAAAAUUGUUUGCGUACUAAAAAGUUUCGUUAGUUGGCAUGCUAAACAUGAAGCCAUGUACAUAGUUAACGACUCCUACACCACAGUUUUCUCUAAUAAUCAGUUUUCUAUGCCUGGCGCAACAAUGUUUGUUGUUUUACUAACUGCUUUUAUAUUUUCGGCGUACCUAAACAAAUGCCCCGGUGGACCUUGGGCGUACAGUUGACAUAGAAUGCACCCUACUUUGUAAACUUUGAAAAUAUACAUACGAUUGGCAAUCCAGUACUGCUUAUCAGCCUUCCUUGUUAUAUCAUUACUACUGCAAGAUACUGCUGUAAGAAGCACUACUAACUUACUAACAACUAGUACGUGAAAUGCGUAAAGGGGUCUGUACUUUGCAAAUUAGAGAGAUCGCAGUCGGUGGGCGAUAGUAAAACAAGUGCUUUUGACACUCGUUUUCUGAUCCGAAGCUAUUCUCGUCCUUGUGUGUGUUGUCGAAAGAAAAUAAUAUAAAUUGGCUCUGAAAUGAUAGUUUGAUAGAAAUAUUAACUUAUCAUUCAUUUAAAGCAACAUGCCUUUCAAAACGAUCACGAAGUUGUGACGGCCUAAUGCUAUCUUCGUCCUCGGCCUGAUCAGUCCCCUCACCAUCAGCUCCUUCAGAUUCAUCGCUAUUGUCUGAGGCCAAAGGCUCGUACUGAUAUGGCAUGAAAACAGCGCCAUAAACCUUUGCAGAUCCUUCUUCGUCGCUAGAUUCAUUUAAAGUGGCAUUAUUUGAUUCAGUUAUACUUGCGUCACAAACACACUGUAUUCCACUUAGGCCGCACGCAUCUGGCAAAAAUGUGUCAAACACUUUACGUCACAAAAACACACUCGUUCCAGAUCCUGUGUACAAAUUUUGGAACCGUAGGCGCUAAAUUCAAAUUGUUAAAACCAAAAUAUUAUUUGACAAUGCAAUUUUUAGUUGCAUUUUCGGAAUUAGCGAUAUCGAAUUGGUCUAGAAACAAGGGGAAAAUUUUCGAUUCAUAAUACCUUUAAGGCGUUUUAGGGAAAUAUCACACUCAGCCUCUGUUUUGAAAAUAGUAUAUGUGUCAUCCACAUACCGAAAAUAGACACCUGGCUUUUGGUCGCAGUCAAACAAACGCUCUUCAUGAAAGCCAACAAAGAUAUUGGCCAAGGCCGGUCCCAGAUGGCUACCCAUAGCGACACCAUCCUUUUGUUAGUACAUUUCAUUGUUAAAGCUGAAUUCAACUGAACGUGUUGCAGUUUCCAUCAGUUCAAUGAAUACUUCCUCUGAGAAUGGUGGGCUAUUAAGCUCGCUGCGGUACAAAGCAUCUACACAUAUUGUGAUGGUCUCAUUCAAAGGGACAUUAGUGAAAAGACUGCUAAUGUCGAAAGAACACAUGAAAGAUGUUUCGUUUUCGAUGUUCAAGUUUUGCAUGAACCCAAUUUUUCGAACUUUUCUUUGUCGAGGAGAAUAUUCUCCAUUUUUUGGAUGUAGUCCUUUUUGUUCAAAAUAACCAUUCCUGACCCUUUAUCAGGCUUUGUAAUAAAGAUGUCAUUAUUAGACCGUAGAGAUUCUAAUGCUUGAAAAUUUUCUCUAUGCAAAAGAAAAUCUGAGUGGUCGAUGGGAGAGCCGCUGUAAGCGUACGCCAAAUCGCUUAGUCGUGCUUGUAAUUUCUUAAAUUCCAAAGCAUCAAAAAUAUCGUGUCUGGCAAGUUGAGCGUGUAAAAUUUCGAAUUCAGCAAAAAGUUCCUCUCUGUUUAUUCGUUGUGGUGGGAUACAAAAUUCAAGACCAUUACCUAAGACAAAUGUUUCGGUUUAAGAGAGAGAAUAGUCCGACAAAUUAAAAAUAUGUUUUUUUGAAUCGCUCAUCAAGCCGCCAAAACGUUUCCUAAUUAGUAUGCCAAUGUUCCUAUCAUGUUUUUCUGUAGUCUGUUUUAGCUUCCGCUGGUCAAUUUCAGAAAAGUAGAGGCAAAGUCGAAAAUUAUCAAAGAAUGUGAGAAACGGACGCGUUUUAGACCAUUGGCGUGUGUAUAAACGUUUUAGAUUCAGAAUAUUAGUUUUAGUUUUCUGAAUUUCAUCUUGUAGAAAAGCACGCUCAAUGGUUGGGCUGUGUCUAACGCCAGACUUAGAAAUACGAGCGGUGAUGAAUUUAGGUGCAACCCGAUUAGUGCAACAUAAACUGAGAAAGGAUAAAGAGAAGCUGGCCGACAUCAGCUAACCUCUAAGCUUAACCAAUGCGUUGAGAUCCUCAAUCUCCUCAUUUGUGUACCUCUGCUUGAAAUAUGCAAACAAUCUUUUGGUGGUACAAAACUUGUAAAUGGCUUUGAAAAAAGCAAACAAUUAGUAAACUAAAGCUUCAGAGUUUAAAACGUCAGAACAUAGAUCGAAAACUCUACGCUAAGAAAUAUAUAUACCCAGUUGUGGAUCGAAAUAGGCCAAUCAGAAACACGAGUACAUGACUGUAAAGGUUGACCAAUCAGUGCUGCUUGCCUAUUAGAAUGUUACCAGUGGAAUCCUAAGGUGAAAAUGAACUCCUUUUGUCUACACAGUAGCGGUUUUUUCGUGCUUAUGUAGAUAGAUUCUAAAACUGCUAGGUGGAACGACAAUCUGGCUUUUCCAAUAAUACGAAACAUGUCGCCAUUAUAGUUUUUUGCACAAUCUGGGUUUUCUAGCAAAUGCUGCCCGAUAGCAGAAUCGCAGGUUUUAGUAGUAAUUUUGGAUUUGCAAGACCGAGGUGGCUGUUCUCUUUGGGGAUGGGUUUUGUUUCUAAUAUUAGAUGGAACCUGUUGUU